AUGGGGGUUGCUGGAGAAGACUACACACCCGAUAGCCCUACCACGACACAGGCAGGCCACAGCCCGAUCAUGGAAAAAGAGUUCGAUUGUGAAAAGCCUGCAAGAAUUGGAAUGCUCGACACAAAUGGAAGCCAGACGGGGGUCGCAAGCCUGGAGCAAGACGAUACUGGAUCAGACAGCCCGGCGACUCCAAGAACAGGGGGAAAUGAUAUAACGACAGCUGUGGCAGAUGAUCGUCCGGCGCAAAGUGAGAAAAUGACAAAGAAGCAGAUAGCUGUGGUCAUGUUUGCACUUUGUUCAAUUAUCGCCACGGCUCUGCCUACAAUUGCUCGCCAGUUCAACACAUCCGAAAGCGGCUAUUCAUGGAUGGCUUCAUCAUACCUCCUCGGCAAUGCUUCAGUCAUUCCCCUUUGGGGAAAACUGAGUGAUAUCUGGGGCCGCAAGCCCAUCAUUGUCGUUGCAAACGUCUUGUUUUUACUUUCGAGUCUGAUGUGUGCUCUGGCGCCAAAUACAGCAAUCCUGAUUGCUGGAAGAGCCAUUCAAGGAGUCGGUGGCGGCGGCCUGGUUUUGCUUGGACAGAUUUGUGUGGGUGAUUUGUUCAGCCAAAGAGAGCGUCCAGUAUAUUAUGCAAUGUUCGGAAUGACGUGGGCUAUCGCAGGCUCUCUUGGCCCCGUCGUGGGAGGCCUGUUUACCGAGAAGGUGACAUGGAGAUGGUGUUUCUAUAUCAACCUCCCAUUUGGCGGCCUCGCCCUCGUAACGCUUCUCAUAUGGCUCAAAAUCGACACCCCCAAAACCUCACUGAUCGCCGGCCUGAGUACAAUUGACUGGCUGGGCACCAUACUCAUCAUUGGUGGGACACUCAUGUUCCUUUUCGGCCUCGAAUUCGGCGGCAUAACUCUGCCCUGGAAUUCCCCAACAGUGAUUUGCCUCCUGAUUUUUGGCGCCAUCACUCUGGGACUCUUCGUCAUAAUCGAACGUAAAGUGGCCAAGUAUCCCAUCCUGCCAAUGGCCCUGUUCGCAGACCGGAGUAACGUCUUCACCCUGUUAUUGAACUGGUCGCACGCGUCCAACUUCAUCGCCGGCGCAUUUUUCCUCCCUCUCUACUUCCAAACGGUCCUCGGCACGUCCCCCAUCAUGAGUGGCGUCUAUAUUCUACCCCAAGUAGUCUCUCUAUCCGUCGUUUCCUUCAUCGUCGGCUUUGCCAUCCGCAAGACGGGCACAUACGUCGAAUUUAUCCGAUUGGGCAUGUUUGUCAUGACGCUGGGUACUGGCUUGUACAUCGAUUUCAAACCAUACACAUCCUGGCCAAGGCUGAUUAUAUACCAAGCGAUUGCUGGUAGUGGGACCGGCCCGAAUUUCCAGGCCCCCCUCCUGGCUCUUCAGUCACGAGUUCCCCAGUCGGAAGUAUCAACGGCCACCUCAACGCAUUCGUUUGUCAGACAGCUCUCGACCGCCACGUCUGUUGUGCUGGGCGGGGUGGUCUAUCAAAAUGUCCUCAAACAAUCCGCGCCAAGGAUAUUGGCUGCACUCGGACCAGAACUCGCUAAGCAGUUCGUUGGAAAUUUUGCCGGGGUGCGAGGGGAAAGCUUAGCCGCCAUAACGCAGGCACAGCGAGAUGUGCUGUUGGAUGUAUACAACGUCGCCUUUAGCCGCGUAUGGAUCUUUUACGCUGCCAUUGGUGCCUUAGGUUGUGUAUUCAGCCUUUUCAUUAAGAAGAAGGAACUUAGUCGGGACCACGAAGUUACAAAAACUGGGCUGGAAGCGCAGGAGCACGCCAGACAGGCCCGGAUCAUGGCGAAGCGUGAGAGAAAGGAGAAGAAGCUGCAAGAGAAGGCAGAGAAUGAGAAUAUGAAUGGGAACGGGGUAAUGAAGGAGACUGUUUAG